AUGUCAGAUUCAGACUGUGGCUUCAGUAGCUCUGAAGAAGCUACACAGUUAAAAAGAAAAAACUUUUCUCCAAAUUUGGGUACAAAAAGAAAGUUUGUUCAUAAAUUCCGUAACGAAUGGCUGACAAAAACUGAAUUUCAAUUAUGGCUUGCUAAAARUAUAAAAGGUGACACUUAUUUUUCGUGUACGGUUUGUAAAAAAGAUUAUCAUGGAGGCAUAUCAGCUGUGAAAAAACAUGCGAAAGCUGAAUCACAUUUAUCGAUUGCUAAUUCUAGAAAAAAUAUUAUUCCAAUUAACAAAAAUCCCGUGUUUCAUAAAGCCUCUAAACUUCAAACAAAAUCAAAAGAAGCUGAAAUUCGUCUUUCAAUGUUUAUAAUUGAACACAAUAUUGCUAUCCGAACUUCUGACCAUCUCAUAUCAUUAUUUAAAAGUAUAUGCCCUGAAUCGGAUGUUGUUAAAAAUAUAUCGUGUAAUAGGACAAAAGCUACUGCUAUCGUGUGUAACGUAAUUGGUAAACAUGGCAGUGUUAACUUAAUUGAAAGAAUGAAAACUAACAUAUUUUCUAUUAUGAUAGAUGAAUCUACUGAUAAAUCUAGUGUCAAACACCUGGCUAUUAUUACCCGCAUAGUAGAUAGUUUGAGUUACGAUGUUAAAGAUGAGUUUGCGGCACUUAUUAAAGUACCAAAAGCCUCAGCAAAAGAUAUAUUUGAUGCUGUAGUGAAUUUUUUUAACGAAAUGAACGUACCGUAUAAAAAAAAUUUAGUUGGUUUUGCGUCUGAUGGGGCAAACGUAAUGUUCAGUGAACACCAUUCUGUUAAAUCACUGUUAGAAAAAGAAGUCCCUCAAAUUUUUGUAAUUAAAUGUCUGUGCCAUUCUCUAGCUCUAUGCGCCUCUUACGCAUGUGAAAAAUACCAAUAG